UGCGACUUCCGGUAAGUGAUCGAAAGUGCAGAAAACAUGUUGUAGUUCAAAAGGGCAAAGUACGGGAUCAAGAACAAGUUAAAAGCAUGCUAAUUCCAAGGAGAUGGUUAUAAACAGACACAAUAUUCCAUUGUGUGUGAUAUUGAUAGGCCCAGCAUCUUGCAACUGCCUUAAAUUACAUUACACAUGAAGCUGUUGAGAAAUUUUUUGGAUGACUUGACAAUAACUAAGGUUUUAACUUCUCCAUAGAAGGUGGGUCACAUUAGCAAGUUACAAAGCAGAUAAAGUGAGGUUGCACAGACUGUUAAUUUCUAAUGGUUGGUCAGAGCAUAGAAGACUUAGCUGUACAGUAAACUACAAAGGGGACCCAAUGGUGGUGAAGCUGUACUGGGGUCGGCUAUCAAAGCUGCUUCUUCUGGUACUGCUGCUAUUUCUAUACAAUGAGUACCUAGUCUACUAUGUGACAUUACUGCAGUGCGCCUGGCCAGAGAUGACCACUGACCACCUGGACGUUAUGAUUGACCCUGGCCAAGGCAAACCACUGAAGGUGAUGGUUAUUGCAGACACUCACCUGUUGGGGUCCUUUAAUGGGCACUGGUUUGAUAAACUGAGAAGAGAAUGGCAAAUGCAGAGGUCCUUUCAGACAACAUUUUCUAUCCAUAGUCCCGAGGUUGUAUUUGUGCUAGGUGAUCUUUUUGAUGAAGGGAAGAUAUGCAGUGAUCAAGAAUUCCAAGAAACUGUAGCAAGAUUUCAUCAUAUGUUUGCUGUGGAUGCAUCCUCUCAAAUUCAAGUUGUUGUGGGGAAUCAUGAUGUGGGUUUUCAUUAUAUGAUGACUGGUCAUAAAAUAAACCGCUUCAAGAAAGCUUUCAAGACCCCAUCCGUGCGUAUGAUGGAUAUCCAGGGCAAUCUAUUUGUGUUAGCCAACAGUAUGGCGUUUGAAGGAGAUGGCUGUGAUAUAUGUCAAAGGGCUGAACGGCAGCUACAGGAAAUUUCUGUCAGAUUAAAAUGUGCUCAGGGAAGAUAUACCGCUGGUCAUUGUGAAGUGGAAGACCCAAAAUACUAUACUAGACCAAUACUGCUACAGCACUUUCCUAUGUACAGGACAUCCGAUGCUAAUUGCUCAGGUCCAGACUCUGCUCCAAUUCAAGAAAAAUAUGUAAAAUUUAGACCCAAGGUGGACUGUUUGUCAGAAAAGGCAUCAAACAGACUCCUAGAGAGUGUCCAGCCUCGCCUUGUUCUCAGUGCUCACACUCACCACUUCUGCUAUAGAGAGCUUCCGCCCCACAAUACUCCUGAGUGGACACUGCCUUCAUUUUCGUGGAGAAAUAUUAAAAAUCCAAGCUUUUUACUCAUGAAGGUGAGCAACAAUAACUAUGCCAUCUCAAAGUGUUAUCUGCCAGAUGAGAGGACAGUGAUAUGGACAUAUAUUAUAGGGGGUGUUGCAAUACUAUGCUGGCUCAUUAUUUCAUAUGGAAGAGGAAUGAAGUUUUAUUUCUCAAAGAGAGAUCUUAUAGGCAGAGGCAGAAAGGACAGUGAAAUUUCCUACAGUGACUAGUAUGUUUUUUAGUGAUUUUAUUUGUUAUAUAGCAGCGGGGUGGGUGGUACAUGCCUUUCCAUUAGCUUCUUAGGUACACCUUAACACCUACAAAACUAAACGAUAUAACUUUCAAAAUGAGACAAAAUGGAGCAUUUUUCUAUCCCUAUGCCCGAUUUAUCACCUCCAGUUCUAAUUACAGUCUUCCACUGCUGUAUAUUUGCCUGGUUCCAAUAAGCCUUUUUUGUACCAAAGUCCUGAAUCUAUAACUGAGAGGUUUGCAUAACAAAUCAUACUUAUUGUUCUAAAAAAGCUAAUGACAUAAGAAAAUAAAAUAUUUUGUUAAUACUGAUUCAACUGUCAUUUUUUGACAACUGAAUCUUAGGAUUUUUUUGUCUGUUACACAAUAUUAAAUUUCAUCAGAGGUUGAGAGGGGACAUUAUGAGAUAAAUUGAAAUAAUGUCUUUUGUCACUAUUUUUAUAUUUAGACACUAUUUUGUCUGUGUAAUUAUAUUGUGAUUACUGUGUCUGAUCAUGUUGCAGUCACAGUUCGAGGUGCCAAACCGUAUUUUCGUUUUUCUUUAAAUUUUCUUAGUAGAUUUGUUUCUUUAAAAAUGGGCCUCUUUAAAAAUGGGAUUAUUUUGAUGUGAAAGAUAAUGAUUUUUUUUUGCAAGUGCCAAACCAUAUAAUUGUUUUACUUCAAAUUUGCAGAGUGGCUUUGUAUGCUAGUAAGGCAGGUUCCUUUCAGAAAUCGGCAUGUUGGAGUAUUUUUUGAAUGUUAUUGAUUUUAAGGGGGUUUGUGUUAAUUUUGCAUGUAUUUUGACGACAUUGGCCCUUGGGUGCUAGAACGUGUGCGUUUUACUUUAUAUUUGUUCAAUGGCUUUGUUUUUGAAAGGACCCUUUUUAGACGAUAGUAAAGACUGACUUUUAACACAC